AUGGUGGAAGGCCCCAAAUUAGCCGGUAUCAUGAGCGGAGGUGGCGGCGGGAAUUUUCACGGGAGGAAGUUGUACGACCUCGCCUUCUACCAGAAGCUCGGGGACGGUUCCACCAUGUCAGUAGAUAGCAUCGGCAGCUUGGAGACCAGCACCGUCGGAGGCUCCGUAGCCAUGUCCGUGGACAACAGCAGCGUCGGGUCCAACGACUCGCAAACCCUGUUCCUCAAUCAGUUGGGUCUCCGGCCCAUGCCCACCAACAUCAACUCCGUGGGAUACAGCAUUCUCCGUCCCACCAGGGUAUAUCCUUCCCUCGGCGAUGAUGCGCUGGGUCAGGCCUUAAUGGACGACCGAUUCCCUACCCAGGGAUUGGCAGAGUAUGAUGAGUGGACGAUUGAUCUGAGAAAGUUGAACCUGGGGGCGCCCAUCGCGCAGGGGGCGUUCGGGAAGCUCUACAAGGGAGCGUACAAUGGAGAGGCUUAGGGUUUAGGGUUUACGGUUUAGGGUUUAGGGUUUAGGGUUUAGGGUUUACCUGCUGGUAUGGGGGGUGUUGGGUCUACUACCACCUUCCUUCCCUUUGGGGUGGAUAUAGAUGCUCGAGAGAUAAGAUGUGACACCGAUGUAGGUGGAGUUGUCCUCCCAAAACUGGCUGGAGGGACACCAGUCUAGACCAGUAGUGGUCAAGAGAGAGCACACGAGUUUGUAUGGGAGGGCGGCUACGUGUAGUCUUCCUUGCUUAGUGAUAUAAUCAUCAUACGACAUGAGUGAUAGAUAAAUCACGACAGACUCUGAAGAUGAUGGGGUGAUCUCAUGUCGAGAAGUAUGGAUGAUGUGUCCAAAAACUGUGCAGUGGGUGUAAAAAUGAGGUAGUCUCUCGUAUAUAACUGUUUGAUAGAUCUUCUCAUCCCCAUUCUGCACACUGAUCAUGCGCUGAAGUGGGGGCCAAAAGGUCUAUCUCUACACUUGUGCAUAAUCUCGGUUGUCAAACAUAUUAACGCCUGGAUCUAGCUCCCAUUGGUGCCCUGCAUGUCAGCUCUCGCUGGUGCAGGCACAGAACCCAUAACUGAGAAACGACGUCAGUCACUUGUGGCGCCUUUUCCUCUGGUAAAUCCAGUCAUUUGAUCUGUAGAUCAAUGGUGGAAAUAGCAUCGCCGGCUGGCAUCGCCUCGAUCUCUAGGGCCGGGGGAUCUUCAGUCGACAACAAAUCCUGACCGUCCAUCAAUCGACCAUUCAGGCGAUCGAUGGUUCCGAUUUUUGGACCGUUGCAGGCCCAAAGUGUGCUUCUUCCCUCGGUUUGUCAUUGACCGGACACGGGUUUGCUGAUGAAAAUGAUGAUUUACUCAUCAACGAAGCAUCAAAAUAA